GCUAAAAAAGUAGUUGAUAUAACCAAGCAGCGUGAAAAGCCCUCAGCAACAAUAAAUUGUGAAUGGCAUGUUAAUUUUAAUAAUUGUAAGGAAACUAAGGAGAUAAUUUGUACCUCUUUUGUUGAUAAACACAAUUAUGAAAUGAAUCCCUUAGUUGCUCAAACAGCGCCACUUUUUCGUAAAUUGUCAGAAGAGAUGAUUGAGGAUGUAAGGUUCUAUACAUGUUCUACAGAGGGUAUAGGUGCUACUUUGCAGUAUAAUUUUUUGAAAGCAAAGUAUCCUGACAAAUAUAUUAACAAAAAAGAUGUGUACAAUGCUAUUCAACGAUUCCGGGUUUUACGUAAUACAAUAUUGUUACAUCUGGUUGAUGCAAUACAAAAUAAGUUAAAUGAAGAAGCUCGUUAUACAAGGAUAAAUGAGCAAAAAAAUACAAACCCUACUAUAGGCUUGCCUCACGUUGCAGCUACUGAACUUUCUUUUGAUUGGAAUAAAGAUUUCGUUGAACUGGAAAAUGUCAUGGAAGAUGGGUGUAUCAAAGAUGAUUACGAGCAGCGUCAAACAGGUCUUAGGUCACUGCUACAAACUUUAAAAGAUCUUAUUUCUUUGCAUCCACCUAUAAGAUUGUGUGAAGCCAACCAACCUUCGCUAUCUGAUAACAAUAUCUAUGCAAUUAAUUUCGAGUAUCUAGCUCAGCUUUGUACUAGCAACGUACUUACUUCAACUUUGAAAAAAUCCAAUAGUGAGAAAAGCUGUUGGUCUAAAGGCUACGAAAUAUCCAAGAAAGUAUUGAAUCUAAUGAUAUGUCUUAACUGCAACAAUAAGUUUCUUCAAAUGAUGGAAGAGUUUAUUUCUUUGAAAACACGUGAGUUGGAACUCUUGGAAAACAGGAAAGAAAAUGAAAAGGAAAAUGAUAAAGAAAAUGAUAAAAAAAAUAGCGAAAAUGUAAUUGAAUCACAACAAUAUGUAGUUGCAAAUCCAUAUGUAACUAAACGCCAUAGUAGACCACCUAAAUGUUUCAAGGAUGCACUUGAAAAUAUUACCAAUACUUGUCAAACGGUGGUUCAUAAUAAGCAAUGUGAAAGAAAAAGGAAUAAAUGUAAUAAUUGUGGGGAUUAUGGUCAUAAU